AGCAAGGGACAGGCUCAGACACGGAUUUGAAUCAUCUGCCCGAUUUUGCAGCUGAGCAAUGGAUAGAAUGCCUUCUUGCACCUGGUCCCGCCAACAUUCCAACGCUUCCACGUCUGCGAGCUCACAUGCCGAGUUGGAGGUUGAUGAUGUGACCUCUGGCCCGGGUAGUGACGAGCACCCUGCGUUUGCCAUGCAAAGUGGAGAUGAACAUCCAUCGGCCCAUGCUCUGAUGGAUGAGAACGAAACAUGGGAGGCAGAUUUGGUCACCUGCGCUAUCGAUGUGCUCCAUCGCGCAAUGCGCGCAGGUCAGCGAGAACAUUCGAAUGAAGAUUGGAGGGGGAUCUUAGACUUUGAACUUCUCCCACUGGGCGACCAAUCCACAGCUGUCAGCACUGCUAUCGCAGCGAUCUUUCCUGAUUGGUCUGAAGGUGAUUUCGAGGUCAAGCAUGAUCAUUUGCCUCAACUGUUGGAGGCUUUGGAACAACAGCAGCUUUGACCCCGAGCCGCACCAGAGUGCGCCCAGCGCACUCGCCGAAUUCGCCCAGCUUUCACGGUGCAUCUGAGUCGCAGCGUCCAGCAGAUGUAGACGCUGAUUUUCCAGCGAUCAGCCAUUCCGAGCUGCGCUGAUCUUUUGAAAAAUCGAUUCAAGGAAAUCACCAGUGAAGACCCAUAGGAUCCAUGGUGCUGGUAUAUAUGCUAACAUUGGGGGUA